UUUUCGCAACGCUUGCAUCGCGAGAAAUGCACCGAGUCAGCGGAACCGCGCUUCCUCGCGUUGCUCGUUAUGCAACGAUGGCACAACUGAAAACAAUCGGAUCCCGAGGAGCUGGACUGCGAGCGUCAAGCGGGUUCAUUGAUGCUCGAAGUUCGACGACGAUGGGCUUGCUCAUCUGGUGGUUCCUGCUGUGUCUCGGACUUGCCGGGGCCAAACUGCCCGAGGAGGUGUCCUCUCGGCUGGACGAGUACUGGCAUCUGUACAAGAUGCGACACAACAAGACCUACACCGGGACGCUGGAGGCCGUGCGCCGCGAGGCCUGGGAGGACAAUCUGCUCAAGAUCUACGAGCACAAUCUGCUGGCCGCUGCCGGACACCACGAGUACAUUCUCAGGGACAAUCACAUCGCCGACCUCAGCACUUCCUCGUACAUGCGCGAGCUGGUGAAACUCGUUCCGAGCCGUCGACGUCGCCUCGACGACGACGAGAUGGUGGCGGCGGUGCUGCACGACCCUCGCCGCAUCCCCAAGUCCCUGGACUGGCGGGAGAAGGGCUUUGUGACCAAGCCGGAGAACCAGCGCGACUGCGGCAGCUGCUACGCCUACAGCAUCGCGGGAAGCAUAGCCGGACAGAUCUUUCGGCAGACCGGCAUCGUCGUGCCCCUGAGCGAGCAGCAGCUCGUCGACUGCAGCACGCAGACUGGAAAUCUGGGCUGCUCCGGGGGAUCGCUCAGGAACACGCUGAGGUACCUCGAGAGGUCCAAGGGACUCAUGACCGACGCCACUUAUCCCUACACCGCUCACUCUGGAUGUACGCGCGCCUCGCAAAAGCAAGGCGUAUGCAAGUUUCAGCGGAAGCUGAGCGUCGUGAACGUCACGUCCUGGGCGAUCCUGCCGGCGCGCGACGAGCGAGCCCUCGAGGCUGCGGUGGCCACCAUCGGGCCGAUCGCUGCGUCCAUCAAUGCCGGUCCCCGGACCUUCCAGCUCUACCACUCCGGAAUCUACGACGACCCGACCUGCAGUUCCGACCUGGUGAAUCACGCGAUGCUGAUCGUCGGCUACACGCCCAACUACUGGAUCCUGAAAAACUGGUGGGGAGCCAGUUGGGGAGAGAACGGUUACAUGAGGCUCAGGAAGGGGAAGAACCGCUGCGGCGUCGCCAACUACGCCGCCUACGCCAAAGUCUGACACGUUCGUUUGUAUCUUUUGUACGACUGUUUGAAGAAAAAUAUGCAGAAAUUA